CGGCGUCAGACAACUUUCUGUUUCGUGCAGUGCCUGAAAUGGCUUCCAAGGGACGAUCGAAGGCGCUGCUCCUCCCUUCACCAACUAUGUGGCAAUACACCUGCUGGGACUUUGCCCCAUCUGUGAGGAGGAAAUGAAGCUGGGAGUGAUAGAGUACCAUAUUGGGGCAAGGCACAAGCACGACGUACGUUUUUUACAACCAAACAUUCAGAAGACAAAGAAUGAGCAGUCUAGAUUGUCGUCGAAGCACUCACCAGUUGUUGAGGCUGCUGCUGAAAGCAAUUCAACCAGUCGAUUCAGUCCACCUAUUGCGCAAGUGUUCAAAUGCCCCCUGUGUAAAAACAACGUCCUGGAAAGCAAGCUAAAGGAACACAACUAUGAGUGUCCGAAGAUCGAAAGGGAGUGUUUCGACUGCGGUGUCGACGUUCUCAACGAAAACCUACAAGAUCGCCUGGACAAGGAGUGCCAGAAGCGAGUAGUUUUUUGUGAUGCGUGCCAAGGUCCAGUGACUUACACUCAACUUGGCAAACACAAGUCUGAGUGUCCGAAGAUCGAAAGGAAGUGUUCCGACUGCGGUGCCAACGUUGUCAAUCAAAAAAUACAAAAUCAUCAAGAAGAGGAGUGCCAGAAGCGAGUAGUUCUUUGUGACGCCUGUAAAAGUGCGAUGUCUUAUGAUGAACUUAGCGAUCAUGACCAGGAAUGCCUUGAGAAACCAGUGGUUUGCGACGAAUGUGAGGGUGAGGUACUACGGAAGGAGAAGUUCAAGCAUGCCUUCGAGUGUCCAAUGCCUCUUGUGCGCUGCGAGAACUGUGAAGGAGUGUACGCCUACUCUUUAGAAAAGGAGCACAGGGAGCAGUGUGAAAAAAAAAAACUUGCUUGCGAGUACUGCGAAUUGGAACUGAAAGGCGAGGAUGAAGUGAGUAUGGGUUCUAAAUGUCAAAGCGGGCAAUUGGCUUGA